UCUUGGCAUUCCGAGUUUUAUCACGCAAUGCCAGGCAUUUUCUUCGAUAAGAUCAAUCUCGUUUUUAUAGAUAGUGUUUUAAUUUAUUUAAUUGUCACCUUUGGUAAAAUAGACUGAUUUCGAAAGAUCUGCUAUUCUGAAGGUUGACGUCCCCCCUUUACGACGUGUCCGUGCGCUCGCCCUCUCCCUCUGUCAGUUUUCAAGUUGCGCCUCUUCGUUGAAUAGCUGAAUGUGCCCAAACAAGCUUUAGCCUAUAAAACAUACAUUACCCGGCACAAUGGCGAAACGGCACUACUAAUCGCUAUGGACUAUAUUUUCCUGAUCUACGGAUGGUUUCUAUAACCAUAUGGACCAAAGCUAAUAAGUGUUUUUUAUUCGUGGAUUCUUUAAGAGUGUCCAUUUUCUGAGACCCUGUAACGUGAGAAUGAGGAUGCCUGAGGUGGGGAGCUAAAGGCCUUAGCGGAGCCGCUUGCGUGCUGGAGCCGGCGGCCGGGGCCUGAGCGGAGGCACCAGAGAGGGAGAGAGGACCAUGGGGGACCCGGCUGGAUUCACCACCACCGGGGAGAGGGUAAACCCUUCCCACGUCCUGUUUGAUCGCUUCGUCCAGGCCUCCACCUGUAAGGGCACGCUCAAGGCCUUCCAGGAGCUCUGUGACCACCUGGACCUCAAGCCCUGCGAGUACCGGGUCUUCUACCACAAGCUCAAGUCCAAGCUCAACUACUGGAAGGCCAAGGCUCUCUGGGUUAAGCUGGACAAGAGGGCCAGCCAGAAAGAGUACAAGAAAGGACGAGCAUGUGUCAACUCUAAGUGUCUGAUAAUCGGGGCAGGACCAUGUGGCCUGCGGACCGCCAUUGAGUUGGGCUUCCUGGGGGCUAAGGUGGUGCUGCUGGAGAAGAGAGAUGCAUUCUCCAGGAACAACGUGCUACACCUGUGGCCUUUCACCAUCCACGAUCUCAGGGGCCUCGGGGCCAAAAAGUUCUAUGGGAAGUUCUGUGCCGGAGCCAUCGACCACAUCAGUAUUCGUCAGCUCCAGCUGAUGCUGCUGAAGGUGGCCCUGCUCCUGGGAAUCGAGAUUCAUGUCAAUGUGGAGUUCAAAGGUCUGAUCGAGCCCACGGAGGACCAGGAGAAUGAGCGGAUAGGGUGGAGGGCUGAAGUCCACCCCAGGACACACCCGGUCAAUGAGUUGGAGUUUGAUGUCAUCAUUGGGGCGGAUGGGAGGAGAAACACACUAGCAGGGUUCAGAAGGAAGGAGUUUCGUGGCAAGCUGGCCAUCGCCAUCACGGCCAACUUCAUCAACCGGAACACCACGGCGGAGGCCAAGGUGGAGGAGAUCAGCGGCGUGGCCUUCAUCUUCAACCAGAAGUUCUUCCAGGACCUCCGGGAAGCAACCGGAAUUGACCUGGAAAACAUUGUGUACUACAAGGAUGACACGCACUACUUUGUGAUGACUGCCAAGAAGCAGAGCCUGCUGGAGAAGGGAGUCAUUCUGCAUGACUAUGCAGACACAGAGAUGCUGCUGUCCAGGGCUAACGUGGACCAAGCAGCCCUGCUGUCGUAUGCCCGCGAGGCCGCAGACUUCUCCACCAACCACCAGCUGCCCACGCUGGACUUUGCCAUCAACCACUAUGGCCAGCCUGACGUGGCCAUGUUUGACUUCACCUGCAUGUAUGCGUCGGAGAACGCCGCGCUGGUGCGCCAACGCCACGGACGCAAGCUCCUGGUGUCUCUGGUGGGGGACAGCCUGCUGGAGCCGUUCUGGCCCAUGGGUACUGGCAUAGCCCGCGGGUUCCUGGCAGCCAUGGACUCAGGCUGGAUGGUGAAGAGCUGGGCACAGGGCACUGCCCCUUUGGAAGUGCUGGCUGAGCGAGAGAGCAUAUAUCGCCUGCUGCCUCAGACAACCCCAGAGAACAUCAACAAGAACUUCAGUCACUACAGCGUGGACCCCACCACACGCUACCCGAACAUUAGCCUCCACUUCCUCAGGCCCAACCAGGUACAACACCUCAUUGACACAGGGGAUUCAAGCAGGGAAAUGCACCUGGAAAUGGAGAAUGUGGUGAACUCAUCAACACCCAAGCUCACAAGAAAUGAGUCCGUCGCUCGCUCCAGCAAGCUGCUGAACUGGUGUCAGAGGCAGACAGAGGGCUACCGGAAAGUCAGCGUGACCGACCUCACCAUGUCCUGGAAGAGCGGCAUGGCUCUUUGUGCGCUGAUCCACCGCUACAGACCAGACCUCAUUGACUUUGACUCCCUGGACGAACGGGACCAACAGAAGAACAACCAGUUGGGCUUUGAUGUGGCCGAGCGGGAGUUUGGCAUCUCACCCUGCAUGACGGGCAAGGAGAUGUCCCAGGUGUCUGAGCCCGACAAACUCUCCAUGGUCAUGUACCUCAGCCAGUUCUAUGAGAUGUUCAAGGACACGGUGCCCCCUGGAGCCGGUGAGAACCAGAACAUGAGCCCUGAAGAGAAGGCUGCAUUGAUCAACAGCACCAAGUCUCCCAUCUCGUUCCUGAGCAAGCUGGGCCAGAGCAUCGCCAUCUCCCGCAAACGCAACCCAAAGGACAAAAAGGAGAAGGAUGUAGAAGGUUCCGGAAAGAGGAGGAAGACCAGUCAGACUGGCCACUCGGAAGACGAGGAGAUUUCCAAGGAGAACCGUGACGACAGGCCAACUAACUGCACCGCUCCAAUGGACAGGAAGAUGAAGGAGGACUCCACAGGGAAUCAUAACAAAGUCAAAUCCAUGGCUACUCAGCUCCUCGCCAAGUUUGAGGAGAAUGCCCCUGCCGAAUCCAAGGGCCUCAAACGACAGGGGGAUUCUCUGCCCAAUCUGGAUCUCCUUCUGGCGCUGCCCCCCCCCCCUGCCCCCGUGGGCCCUCCCAGGGAGCCAGUCCGCCUAACUCCGGUCCCUGCAUGGAGACAGCGCACCCCGCAACAGGAGCAGCUCAGUCCCCACUAUAAAGAGAGGGUCAAGUGUCAGAUCCUACCCAGCAGAGGGGAGCAGCCAAGAAGCAGUACAGCCUGGAGCUCACGGAGCUGCCCUAAGAAAACCAUUAUGCUCUCCUCCUCCGCUUCCACCUCCUCGCUCUCUCUUCACUCACAGAUAAUGGAACCGGAGCCAUCUGAUGUUCAUAAGGCUAUUCACAUCCCUAGCAUUCAGGAGAGGUCUGCCAGGCUAGUCGCUAAGUUUAAGGGCAAACCUGUGAAGCCAAAGCCUAAGAAAAAGCCCUCACCUUUCUUUAUAGAACAGUGGCACCUGUCUCGCUGUCAGAGCCCAGAGACCCCCUCCCCUGAGGCUGUCAGACGGGCGCCAGGGCCUCUGUGCUCUGAUGACCAUGUGCCAUUACAUGUCCUUAGUAUACAGGAAAGGGCUGAACAGCUAGCUGAACAGUUUCAAGACAAGCCGUCGAAGCCACAGCCUAAGACAAGGUCGGCACGUUUCUUUAUAGAACAGAGGCACCUGUGCCGCAUCCAGAGCGCAAAGAGUCUAAUCUCGUCACGAGAAACUCUCAGACAGAGAUAUGUAAAGAUGUACACAGGGGGAGUGAGCUCAUUGGCUGAGCAGAUAGCCAAUCGGCUUGAACCCCAGGAGGAACCUAAGCCCUUGCUUGACAAGAGGGCAUUGGUGGAAUUGGGGUCGCUGAGGAAGGAGUUUCCUCAGAACAUUGGGGGCAGCGAUGUGUGCUUCUUCUGCCGGAAGCGUGUGUAUGUGAUGGAGCGGCUGAGCGCCGAGGGCAAGUUCUUCCAUCGCAGCUGCUUCAAGUGUGACUACUGCGGCACCACACUACGACUUUCCUCCUAUGCCUUCGAUGUCGAAGAUGAGAAGUUCUACUGCAAGCCUCACUACUGUUACCGGGCAUCUGGUCAGGGUCAGAGGAAGAGGCCCGCCCCAACCCCAGCUUCAUUCACUGCUAAGGACAACAUGGCGUCCUUGCCCCCCUCGGUCACAGUGGACACCCCCGGGAGGGGGGAGAUGGCAUCCACAUCCGCUGCCGAGUGCCGGCCUUCAGUCCCGGAGGUGAACGGGCUACAGGAACCCAGCCUGGCGAAGCGUCUUCGGGGCACACCAGAGCGCAUUGAGCUGGAGAACUAUCGUCUGUCUCUGCAGCGGGAGGAGGACCUGGAGGAGGUGCCGGAGGAGACGCUGGCUGAACACAACCUGAGCAACGUGCUGGACAAAGACUCACACGUGGACCUGGGCUCCAGCAGCUCCGAGUCGGACAUAGAGGAGGAGGACCAGGAGGAUGAGGAGCAUCCUGAGGAGGAGCAGCCGGAGCUCCCCAGCCCCUCUGACCUGGGAGGGGUACCUUGGAAGGAGGCUGUGGAACUCCACGCCAGACUGAAGACGGACAGUGACUCGGGGGGCCAGGAACAUGACGGGGUCCAGGCUCACAACACGAGGAACCUAGAGCUAGAGGAGGGUGACGAAGAGGAAGAGGAGGAGGAGGAAGAUGAGGAGGAGGAUGAUGAUGAUGAUGAUUAUGCAGAGGAGGACUCGAGUGAUGAGGGGGAGUACUGCCCAUGGGAAAGGGAGCUCCAGUCAGGACUAUGGCUGGAGAACCUCAAAGAUGAAGAGGACACAGGCACAUUUAAAGCCAGGAACCUGCAGAUCCAACAAGUGCUGCAGCCGGUGGAUCCGACAGCCAUCUCGGAUCUCCGGGGAGUCCGCGCGCUGUCUGAGGGGGGCAAGGAGGUGCCACCGGCCCCUGCCUCCCAGCCCUCCACAAAGCUCACCCAGCUCUCCUCCACAGCCCCUGCAAAGACAUCUGCCCGUCAUGAGGCUGUGAGGGUCUGGUUGGAGUCGUUGUCUGGAGAGCCUUGUGAGGAUGAUGACCUGGAAGCAGAAGUUGGCAGCCGUGAUUUUGAGCCAGGCACAGACAUGGACCAGGAGGACAUUCCCUCUGAUGCCGAGGCUGAGGCUCGUCUGCACCCGUCAGAGAUCAGGGAAACCCCUCCUGAUGAGGACGAGAACGAUCAGGAUGUCACCUCCAGGAUUGGCCAGUCCAGUGUCAGUCCGUUGAAGAUCGCUGAGGAAGUUGUUGUUACACCAGUAGAACCUCCACAGCCUGUUUCACUGAUGUCUCACAAAUCUCCUCCCUGCCUGAUCAAAUCUCCCGGCAUGCGGUUUUUCCCAGAACCCUUUGCACCGGAGGACGUUGAAACGCCACAGAAAACCGCUCAGACUCCCAAAGCUAACAGCCCCCAAUAUCAAUCCUCCUCCGUGUCCCCCACGCGCUCUCCUGUUCAUGCUCCUGUUCACGCUCCUGUUCACGCUCCUGUUCACGCUCCUGUUCACUCUCCUGUUCACUCUCCUCUUCACUCUCCUGUUCACUCUCCUGUUCACUCCCCUGUUCACUCCCCUGUUCACUCCCCUGUUCACUCUCCCAUCUGCUCCCAGCCUGUCCCGCUGCCCGAGACAGUCAUCCCAAAAUCGCCCCUCAUCCCUCCACCCUGCUCCUGCCCGCCAACCGGGAACCCUUUGUCUCCUAUUUGUGCCCAGCCCCUCCCCUGCCACGAGCCCUCCUUACCCCUAACCUCUGACUCCCCCGUCCGAACUCAGCCUGUCCCUGCUGUCACCUCUACGCCACUUCCACAGCCAGCGUCCUCUGUCGGGGUCGCUGUCACCGAGCCAGAAAAACCAUCGGAGCUCACAGACGAAACCCCGGUGAAGAAGGCGGACAUAAUAGAGGAGUUCUGGCUGAAGAGUGCUGAGAUCAGGAAGAGCCUAGGCCUCACCCCGUUGGACCGUAGCGGCAGCAGAACUCCAGGAAAUAGCCAUGUCAGUGUUUGUAAGGUACCCACCCCAGAAUCCCCCUCGCUCAAGUCCUACUCCCCCGAUGAGCUGCCCGAGGAGCUGAGGCCCUCCCCUCCUGCCUUCGCUGGCCGCUCGGUCAUCCGCAGGCUGAACAUUACACUCGAGGGCCAGGUCAUCUCCCCGGUGGAGCCCAAGAGCAAUGGCUCCGACCGGCGGGACAUCAGCAGCAGUUCUGGCCUGGGCCUCAAUGGCAGCACGGCCACCAGCCAGACGAGCCAAGCAGCCAGCGAUAGCUACAAUACCUCCGACUCCACCAUGCUCACCCCACCCUCCAGCCCCCCGCCGCCCCCUCCAAAUGAGGAGCCAGCCACCCUCAAGCCAAAGCACCACGUCUCGUGGAACAACGGGAUUGAUCACCCCGCUACAUCCGAGCCAGCCAAGGCGGCUCACAGCAAGACCAAGAGUCCCGUGCCUGCACCGAGGACACAACUCAGCCCUUUGCCAAGGCCACUUUCUACACCCAAACCUGCUCUAAGGACUACACCGGUCAAUGUGCCAGUCGCUGCUCCAGUCACUGCUCCAGUCGCUGCUCCAGUCGCUGCUCCAGUCGCUGCUCCAGUCGCUGCUCCAGUCGCUGCUCCAGUCGCUGCUCCAGUCACUGCUCCAGCGGUGCUUAUGAGGCGGGACAGGAGCAGCAAACCGCGUCGUGAAGAGGUGAGGAAGUCAUUUGUGGAGUGCGUAGCAGAGAUACCCUUUGCAGACGAUGUUGAGGACACAUAUGACGAGCGGACGCCGGACACAACCAUGGACAGGUUCUACACCCCGCCCACCAGCAAGCCCCCCAGGGACAGGGAGAAACCCCCCAUGCACUUGGCCCUGGCCGUGGAAAACGGAAAGCCUACUUUUUCUGGAAACCAGCAGGUCUUGAAGAGCCAGAAGGCCUUGCAGUUCUCCCCUGAGGCCAAGGAGAUAGCUGAGGAGCGAAUGAGAGCCAGAGAGAAGUCAAUCAAGAGCCAAGUCCUUAAAGAUGCCAUGGCAAAGCAGCUUAACAAGAUGAAAGAGAACGAUACGGCCAAGGGAGCUGCCAAGGGAGCUGCCGCGGCAGCGAAAGUGCCGUGGAACGUGGCUUCACCGGAGACAUCCGGGAAAGGUACCAAGAAGUCCUCCGUUUCUACAAAGACGUCUGCGGUGAAAGCUCUGGAGACCAAGAAAGCAGAAACUCUACCAGAGCGUUUCUUCAGCGGUCAGGGUAACAAGAGUCUGGACGGUUCAACUGUCUCCUCUGAUGGCUCAGCCUCAGGAGGCAAGAGCAAGAAGCGCAGCUCUCUCUUCUCGCCACGCAAAAACAAGAAGGAGAAGAAGGCCAAGAACGAGAGCCGGCUCUCCGACAAGCAUGGUCCAGAUGAGGCGUCGCUGCCACCUAAACACAAGUCUCUGUGGAAGGCAGUUUUCUCAGGCUAUAAGAAGGACAAGAAGAAGAAUAAAGAUGACAAGUCUUGUCCGAGCACUCCUUCCAGCUCUACCACUUAUGACUCUGGGAAGAAGAGAUCAUCACCUCUAGGGAGGUCGUCAGAUUUGAAGUCGCGCAGAAACAUGAGCUUUUCUGAGGACUCGGAUCUGUCAUGUGACGACCUGCUGGAAAGGUCUUCCCAGAAAUCUAAAGCAGAUCGGCAUACGGACAUUUUUGACCUAGUAUCAGGCAUUCAAAAGGCAACCAUAAAGGAGAAGGUAGAUAAGGAGAGAAAGGAAUCGGGAAAAGAAAGAGAAAGGGAACGAGAACGAGGUUGGGACAUCAGUAGAAUUAUAGCAAAAGAUGGAGAAAAGUCUGUUUUUGUCCCUCACGCAUUGGCGUUCAAGAGAGCGUACACCACAAAGAAAACCUACACAGAGGAAGAGCUGAAUGCCAAGCUGACACGGAGGGUACAGAAAGCCGCUCGGCGACAGGCCAAGCAGGAGGAACUGAAGAGGCUGCACAGAGCCCAAAUCAUCCAGAGGCAGCUGGAGCAGGUUGAAGAGAAACAGAGGCAGCUGGAAGAGAGGGGUGUGGCUGUGGAGAAAGCCCUGCGAGGGGAAGCAGGAUUGUAUAAAGGGACUUAUUGUACUUUACCAAAACAACAGAAAAGAAGAUCAGACUAUUGGGGAGAGUCUAAUUACAGUGAAAUCCUGGACUUGCAUCUGGGCGUUGAGCCCUUUGUCGGGACCCCUCGCCGAAGACCUAUCUCCUUCUGCCCCUGCUGUUCCCCUGAAGGAAUGGGCAAGAAGGACGACCCCAAGCUUAUGCAGGAGUGGUUCAAACUUGUACAGGAGAAAAACGCUCUAGUUCGAUACGAAUCUGAACUGAUGAUAUUUGCACGGGAACUGGAGCUGGAGGAUCGGCAGAGUCGACUGCAGCAGGACCUGAGGGAGCGAAUGGCAGUUGAAGAUCACCUGAAAACAGAGGCGGAGCUGGCGCAGGAGAAGCACAUCCUGAAUGAGAUGCUGGAGGUGGUGGAGCAGAGGGACUCCCUGGUAGCACUCCUGGAGGAGCAGAGGCUUAGAGAAAAGGAGGAGGACAAGGACCUGGAGUCCGUCAUGCUCUCCAAGGGCUUCAACCUCAACUGGGCCUGAGCAGCAGGAGGAGAGAGACUAGAUGCACCAUCCACCCUCAAGUCCUCUGACACCCUAGCCUGUCCCUGUGUCAAUGUGUCCAGUGUGGCCCCCACCCGCUGGAGCGCUCUGGAAUGUUUACAUGUCUCCCCUGUCAGAAAGCGGGCAUCAGGACCUCCGUUCACGUCUCUCCCUCCUCGUGGUGGGAGGAGCCAUCUGGACCUCCCCAUGGGAGAACCGUUGUUUGUUUUUCUUUCUUUUUUUUUACACAUGUUUUUUUGCUAUACAAAGCUAAGGGAAGAAUGAGGUCAGGUCCUGCUGAUGUAAAGGAAUGAAUUGUAAUGUGUAAUACCUGUUUGUUUGUACUGAAUGUGUAGAGGACAACACAUUAGAGAUGGUUUUAGAGGAGGGCGUAUGCCUUUGACCUUCUGACUGUUACGUGGUUUCUGUGGGAAGGGGGUGGACCAAAGCCUCUGGUCUCACCAUCGGGCUCCAACUAACCUGACGUAGCAGGCGUUUAAGGAAAAACCUGAAACUGGUUCUCCAGUAUAAUUGUCUUGAUGAAAAGGGAUGAAAAGGGGGAGGUUCUUUUCUGCACUGUUCAAACAAUCCAGUAAAUGUAGAGGAGUUAAGAUGAAGUGUUGGCUUGUUAAUGUUCAAUAGUGGAAAUAUCGUCACAGACUCCAUUUUUCCUAAAAACAACCCAGAAUGUCCGCUUGUUGGAUUGAGCGCAGGCUGGUCUCAACCUGACCUCUUGACAUCCUCUGAUAUUGGGACUGCAGAUUGAGAGAGGGAUAUCCUCUGCUUGAGCUGCCCUUACCUUACAAUUUACACUCUGACUUCCAUGUUGAGGAGCCAGUGAGGAUGAGACACUAAAAGACCCCUAGAUUUUUUUUUGCACAGAUUCACACUUAAGGAUCAAUGCAAUCUGAUCACUUGGUCGAUUUUAAUUGUGUAUUUAUUAGCAAUGUUUUUACAGAGAACGUGAGUGAACUGUUUUUGGAAUUUUCUGCUUUCAUGCAAGAGUGUCCUAUCUGUGCUGGAUGCUGGCGGGAUUGCUUAAAGCCAUUGACAGUGACAAAACAAACUGAAAACUCCACUACCCAGAAGCCAUUGUGUGUCAGGACUGGAGGCUGCUGUAAGCUCAUUGGGUAGCUGUGUCAUCAUGUGUGUGUUCAGCAUCACAGUCUACUUUAAAAGAAAGUCUGAACUGACUAAUCUUCAGUUCAGAUCACCUUGCAUCAGCAAAAUCUGCUCAGAGGUAUUUGUAUAUCAACCAGUCACAAUGAACCCAUGAUACAUUUCGAUGUUGAUACAGCUAUUGUCUGUAACAGUGACAGCUGGUGUGAGUACUGAGGCUGUUGCAUAGAUUAAUUUACACCCCUCAGCAAGCGACACACUUAACACAUCUCUUGGUUUCCUAGUUUUGAAUGUGGCUUUUCUGUCCAAUGCCUUUCACAGUUUAUCACACUGUGAUGUCCAUUAAUAAUCAGUUACCUUAAUACAGUAGACAUAAAAUAUCCAUUAGGUUAGACAUGUAUUUCAGUGAAAUGAAUUGGAUCUCAGAAUGAAUCCUUUUGGGUUUACACAGUGUAUCAUUGCACACCAUACCUGUGUGUACGGUAGCUUCAUUCUGUUAUCGUCCUGAUUUCAAAAGUGAACUGGCUUACUGGUGUCAGUUGGGUCAGUUGUUGUGCUGCAAUUUCUAGAGGAUAAACAGAUCAUAAACACAGCCUGUUUUUGUUGUUCUUGGGGUAUGAACUGCUUUGGAUCAAAAUGCCUUUUUCACUUCCCUUUUUUUCUUAUUUUACAGUUGUCAUUACAAGUUUUACACUUUCUACCAAUACUUUUUUUUGUUGUUGUUGUUAAAAUCCUACAACUACAGGUUAUCAAACGGCCAUGAGUAGGAUUGAAGACAAAGCUGCUUGCUUGCUCAAAGUGAAUCACUUUUAUUCAGUCACAAGAGCAACAUUUGAACAUUGCCUCUGCCAAACUGUACAUCUUUGUUUAGUCACCAUUUCUUCUUUUUGAUGUAUUGAGAUAAACGCAGUGAGAAUUUGUGUAAAAUUUUAACUGGGCUGUGAAUACAAAAAAGUUACUCAAUUUCAAGGCUUGUUCGUUUAGAUGGUGUGUGAGAAGUCUGACAGAUUUUAUUGAUAUUUAUUAACAUGUGUGCAAAUUGUAUUAUAUGUAAAGAAAAAUGAAUCCUAAUUUUUAAAACUAUGUUGACACAUGGAAUAUGUAAAUGCUUCUUCAUGUAGCUAAAAUGCAUAGGAUGUUGGAUGUACAGUGCUGAAACGGCAAUAAAACAUGCAGCUGUACUUUUAAA